CUGAUCCCUAUCUCACGUUAAGCCACCUCUCUCCUACCCAGCCACUGCACCCCGCCCGACCGCCGCGGCACGCUGCACUCUCAGUUUCACAGUCUCAGCCUUCCGACGAACUCGUCUCGUCUCUCUGGCAAACACUAUGUUAUUUUUUCGCCUCAGAAACACAUUGGUUCAGCCCCUAACCCGUGCUGUUGCCGAGAUCGUCCUGCGGCCGCUCAUUUUUCAGAUUCCCAGGUUUUACUGAAGUAGUAUUUUGAAGAAACGAUUUGAAGUAUGACCUGAGAAGGGUUUAGUUUGGAGAAGAGUGAGGUGUUCAUUUCCAGCACCAGCACAAUUUUCCCAGAAAAAGUCUUUUAGUGUUGGGUUUUCUCAUGGCUAUCAGUUCCUGUAAAAGCUCAAAUGAAUAGACAUUGGCUGUUGCCUUGUCAAACAUGGGGGAGAGCUCAUGUGUUUACAAGAGAAUGCUUUUCUGACGGUUCUACCAUUGCACAUGAAGUUGUGUGUCGUCUUCUUCCGCUUUUGCUGUUUACAGGUUUCUUCUAAUUCAGCAUCUACAUGUAAUUUCCUUCCAUUCUUUUUCUCUAGAAGAUGGUUGAGUCAAAGUCAAAGAGUCCCAUCUUCAUUUUUGCUUCAAACCAGACCAUUUCCUGAUUAUUCUCCCAAGAAGCCUACAAUUAGAGAUACUGACCUUAUCCAUGACAUCACUGCUGCAAUUAAGUUGCGUCGUUAUGAGCCCCUUCGUUGCAUUCUAAAGCCUCAUGAACCUAACUUUAGGCAUGAUCAUCUGAUUUGGGUACUAAUGAACAUUAAGAAUGACUAUAAUCUGGUUUUGGCUUUCUUUGAUUGGGCACGGGUUCGUAGAGAUCCAUCACUAGAAGCCCGUUGCAUUGUUAUUCACAUUGCCGUGGUGUCGAACGAUCUUAGAAUGGCUCAUGAACUGGUUCAUGAUUAUUUUUUGAACUCAAAACUGGAGGUUGGUGUUACAGUGAUUCAAUUUACCAACCGGCUGAUAUACACAUAUAAAUACUGGGGAUCAAACCCCAUUGCAUUUGAUAUAUUUUUUCAAGUCCUAGUUGAAAUUGGUUAUUUAAGUGAAGCAAGAAAACUAUUGGACAAAUUAUUGAGCUACGGAUUAGUUGUCACUGUUGAUUCUUGUAAUGCUUUUCUUAGUCGCAUUGCUAACAAUUCUGAAGGAAUAGAAAUGGCAAUAAAGGUUUUUUGUGAAUAUGGUAUUAGUUGGAAUACUACAUCUUAUAAUAUCAUUAUUUAUUCUUUAUGUCAAUUGGGAAAAGUAAAAGAAGCCCAUCGGUUACUCAUGCAGAUGGAUUUUAGGAGUUCUACACCUGAUGUUAUUAGUUAUAGUACUCUGAUUGAUGGAUAUUGUCAUUUGGGAGAAUUGAAGAAGGCAUUGAAGCUUAUAGAUGACAUGCAAAUAAAAGGACUGAAACCAAACCGUUACACCUACAAUAGCAUAAUAUUACUUUUGUGUAAAAUUGGUAAGCCAUUUGAAGCAGAAAAAGUAUUGAGAGAGAUGAUGUCCCAAAAAAUUAUUCCUGAUAAUGUUGUCUACACCACUCUCAUACAUGGUUUCUUCAAAUUAGGACAUAUUCAAACUGCAAAGAAAUGGUUUGACGAAAUUCUGUUUAAGAAGAUCAGUCCUGAUUGUGUAACCUAUACAACUCUUAUCCAGGGAUUUGGUCAAAGUGGAAAGGUAAUAGAGCCACAAAAUCUUUUCCAUGAAAUGAUUAGCAGAGGCUUAAAGCCUGAUGAAGUUACAUAUACAACGCUAAUCGAUGUUUACUGCAAAGCAGGUGAGAUGAUGAAGGCAUUUUCUCUUCACAAUGAGAUGGUUCAAAUGGGAAUGACUCCAAAUGUUGUUACUUACGGUGCCCUGAUUGAUGGCCUUUGUAAGCAUGGAGAACUAAAUACAGCAAAUGAGCUUUUGGAUGAGAUGCGCAAAAAGGGCCUUCAACUGAAUGUGUGCACUUAUAACUCAAUGAUUAAUGGUAUUUGCAAAGCUGGAGAUAUUGCACAAGCAAUUAGAUUAAUGAAAGAGAUGGAGGUGGCUGGGAUUGAUCCUGAUACUAUCACUUAUACCACGGUCAUUGAUGCUUAUUGUAGAUUAGGAGAUAUUGGUAAGGCUCAUAGACUUCUUCAGGAGAUGUUAGAUAGAGGUCUUCAACCAACAGUUGUCACAUUUAAUGUUCUAAUGAAUGGAUUUUGUAUGUUGGGAAUGCUCGAAGAUGGUGAUAUGCUCUUGGGAUGGAUGCUAGAGAAGGGUAUUGUGCCUAAUGCAAUAACGUACAAUACUCUCAUGAAGCAGUAUUGCAUUAGAAAUAAUAUGAAAACUACAACUGAGAUUUACAAGAGGAUGCGUAGUCAAGGAGUUAUGCCGGAUAGUAACACCUACAAUACUUUAAUAAAAGGGCAUUGUAAGGCACGAAAUCUGAAAGAGGCAUGGUUUUUACAUAAAGAAAUGGUUGAAAAAGGAUAUGUUCCCACUGUUACUUCAUAUAAUGCACUUAUAAAGGGGUUUUAUAAGAAAAGGAAAAUUUUGGAAGCAAGGGAACUCUUUGAAGAGAUGAGAGGACAUGGGUUGGUUGCUGAUGGAGAAAUAUACAAUAUCUUUGUUGAUAUGUACUACGAAGAAGGAAAUAUGGAGAUAACUCUUAAUCUCUGUGAUGAAGCAAUUGAGAAAUGUCUUCUUAAUGAGAGAUGAAAACGAAACAGCUGGAGUAGUUUUAUAUUUUUCUCUAUAUAAUGAUCAAAACAGAUGCAAGGAGGGGACUUGCCAAGAGAAUUUACAUUCCCCACUAUUUUUCAGAAGCAAGAGCAUGGAUUGUGCAUUAUCUCUCCUGGAGAAGGAUGGAUUAUUCAAGCUUUCAGAAGACAAAAUUGAUACGAUUUGCACUUUGACUGAAGAAUUAAAUUCUUGCCCUCACUAUGUAAGAUGGAAUGCAUAAUACUGGUCUUUGACUCUCUUAUGGAAUCUUGCUGGAAAUUUGAAUUGAUGUAUUCAGGUUCAGACAUGGAAAACCUGAAAGACGCCCAAACUGGCUCUUUAAGAGAAUUUUGAGAGUGCAAUGCAAGAGGUCAGGACCUGUGCAUCUUUGAUCGAACUUGGCACAUAAUAAUGAAUGAAACAAGCAAUUUGGGAGCUUAUCCCUUUGAAUCACAGAAGGCUGUUCCAGUCUUUCUACGGAUUCGAGUUCAAGUUUUACAAUGACGAAGUUAUCUUGAUCCUCCAUUUGAAUAUCUAUUAGGACAAGAAAAUUUCUUCGGUCAUUUUGUGGAAAGAAGUGAGGAAAAAUAAAAUUCUACUCAUUGAAUGUUUUGUGAGAGGAGGCUGCUUUGAGAUAUGCUCUGAAACGCCCUUGCAGUUCAUACAUAGUGGGUGUUUAGAGCAAGGGGUAGAGUUUUGAAGUCUAGAGAAUCAUCUGGCCAUGAGACUUAUAAUGCGAGGAGUUAAUAAAGCAUUACAUUACGCCACGUUUACUAAUCCGUAAUGAAAAUUGUUGCAAUCAUAAUGAGUUCACAUUCAUGUAUUAAUUAUAGGAUAUUUGUAAUACAUAGUAGAAUAAGAGAAAAAAAAUCUAAAAAUAUAUUACAUCUUUAAAA